AGGAGGCAGGAGGCGCAGCGGCGGACGUGAUGGAGGACAGCCGGCGGCAGAGCGGACGGGAGGCGGACAGGUGAGGAGCUGCGGCCAGACAGAUUCGUGCAGCGAUGGAGUUGACCGUGGCGAGGACGAUGAUGCUGGCAGGAAGCGUUCUGGUGGUUCCCGUUGUCGCCUUCAUCACCUCCUUCCUGCUGUGGCCCGGAACGCUGCUGAAGGCCUACAACUGGUACAUGCGUCGCAAGUUGGGGCUGGUGGUUCACUACUCCCACAGCGGGAGUUACCGCUUCUGUUAUUCCAGCCGCGGGACACCAGGUGGCGCCACACCGUCGCUGCUGCUGCUGCACGGCUUCUCCGCCACCAAGGACAUGUGGCUGCCCGUCGUCAAGUACCUCCCCACAGACCAGCAUGUGGUGUGCGUUGACAUGCCGGGACACGAGGGCACGAGUCGCACCGGCAUCGAGGACUACAGCAUCGAGGGUCAAGUCGGCCGAAUCCACCAGUUUGUGCAGAGCAUCGGUCUGGAUAAGAGGCCCUUCCACCUGGUCGGGACCUCCAUGGGCGGGAACGUCGCCGGGGUUUACGCCGCCCGUCACCCGGCUCACCUGUGCAGCGUCACGCUGGUUUGUCCGGCAGGUCUGGUUUAUCCCACCGACUCCGAGUUCAUCAGCCGCCUGAGGGAGCUGGAGAAGAACCCACAGGAGAACGAGUCCAUCCCUCUGAUCCCCAAAACCCCCGAGGAGCUGGACGACAUGCUGAGGCUCUGCUGUCACACCCCGAUAAACCUCCCCAAGCAGGUGCUGCGAGGUCUCCUUCACAACAGGAUCCCCAACAACGGUUUCUACAAAGAAGUAUUUAUGGAGAUCGUCGGGGAGAAGUCUCGCCACUUGCUGCAGGAACACAUGCAUCUGAUCACGUCGCCCCUGCAGGUGAUCUGGGGGAAGGAGGACCAGGUGUUGGACGUUUCGGGGGCCGCAGUGCUGCAGGCGGCGCUGCCUCGCUGCCGCCUCGACCUGCUGGACAACUGCGGCCACUCGGUGGCGCUGGAGAGGCCGAGGAAGGCCGCCACGCUCAUCAUGGACUUCCUGUCUGCGCAGGAAGUCAGCGAUAAGAAACUCUCCUGAGCUGAACUGGGACCUCACGGUGGACGAAGGAUGAAGGCGGCCGCGAUGCCGUCCUGUAGGUUUACGUCUGUGAAGAUUCAACCAGCAAACAAACUGAGACCAAGAGAUUCCUGAAGUGUUUUUUACCGGUUUAAUUCUCACAAAGCAUCUGAUUACAGGCUGACGUCUGUUUUACUUAUUAAUAUUCAGUGAAUUCAUUCCAAGCUGCACUUUUGUUGUGUUUAAUGUGUUUUGUGUGAAGCGACUCAUAUUUAACCUCAAAAAAACACAUUCAGACUGAGAUGUAGAACAAAACGUGUUCAGUGACGUGUUGCCUGAUGUAGGAGUGAUUUAUUUUAUUAUUAUCCUGUAGUGGUUUGAUAACUGAGGCGAGCUCUUGUACAAAACAUCUUCAUGAACCACAGAAAUAAAACUAUAAAGUAAAA